ACGGACAUGAGAUGUACUUGAGGUCACGAAACAAGUGAGACGGGUGACAAGUGUCUUCCCGUGUGUGUGUGCGCAUGUGGGGCACAUACAUCAAGUAAAUAAAUGCCACAUCAGCGUUCCACAAAGGGACGGCAGGCACAAACACACGACACGUCAUUCAUCCGACAAAAACUCAUCAUCCCCUCCCCCAACGGUGCUAGCUAAAUGAGUCCCUGUGUCUUGAGCAUCACUUCCAGCUCCGACACUCUCGUGCCGUCAGCCAACGUCACCAGGCGGCCGUCACACGGGGCGUGGUACUCGGGCGUCGGUUGGGACAGCAGCUGAUGGAAGGCCUAAACAAUACACCACACAACGACAGUCUGUGCGGGCAUGCCCCGCAGUCGGAUGUGUGUGUGCGAGUGUUCACCUUCUGACAUGGCCAGUACUGGAGAUUGAGUGCCUGCAGCUCAUCUCUGACAAUCUGGACCCUCUCCUCGGUCACAAAGAGAGCUUUUGUGAGGGUCCAGUCGCCCAGCGUGUUGGCGGCCAUGUCGGCGGUGUAGUCAAGCAGGGGCUUCCUGAAGAUGUCUGUGUACUCGAGGGCCGUCUUGAGCAGCGCAUCCUUGACAAUCUCAAACGACACGCCACGCUACACACACACAGCAGGACAGCCACAAGAAGAUACACAGAUGCGGGCGAUCCACUUCCUUGAGCGGCUUGCCGCUGGCAUAGUUGGUCGACGUGGGCGGUCAACUGGAGCUGGUCCAUGUAGUGCACAAUGUUGUUCUUCCUGUAAGGGAACGGAACAAGUGACACACACACACAUACACACACACACACUCUCGUGUACGCACACAACAGGUGCACGCGCAGCCUUCGGUUGACGUGUGUGCGUCACCAU